AUGGGUUCCAAAACUCCGGACGAUGAGCGACACAUGUAUCAGGACCGUGACAGUCCGUUCACCGCCAAAUCCAGUGGCAUUGGCGGCGAGAAGCGAGGCGCGCACCUCUCGAGAGAUGGGGACGGCUGUAUGGCAGGCGACGGCGGAACGAACGAUGAUGACGACGACGACGAGGAGGAGGCCGCCAAGGCCACUGCCGCCCUAGAUUUUGUCAACGUUGGCUCUGCUGAUGCAAGCAAGAAGAAGAAACGCAAGCGACCCAAGAGGAAGAACAAGGCGGCUGUGCUGAAGCAAUCGUCGCCUCCCAAGGUUGCUCUCGCUGACCUGUUCCCUUCCGGUGAAUAUCCCGAGGGCGAAAAGCUGAGCUAUGGCUCUGCUUUUGGAACGACAGCCAGGGUAAAAGCCCCCGAAUUACGUCGCGGCGGACAUCGACCUCUCGAGGACAGCACGGUGCUCAACGACUACCGCAAGGCUGCCGAGGUCCAUCGCCAGGUGCGGCAAUGGGUCCAGCAAACUGUCAAGCCCGGCCAGACACUCACAGAAAUUGCCACCGGGAUCGAGGACAGUGUCCGAGCGCUCUUAGGCAAUCCUGGCCUUGAGCCUGGUGAAAGCCUCAAAGCGGGGUUGGGAUUCCCAACAGGGCUCGCCCUGAACAACUGUGUCGCGCACUACACCCCGAACCCUGGCCAAAAGGACAUUGUUCUGCAGCACGAGGAUGUGAUGAAGGUCGACUUUGGCGUUCACAUCAAUGGCUGGAUUGUGGACAGUGCAUUCACCAUGUCUUUUGACCCGACGUACGACAAUCUCCUCGCUGCCGUUCGCGAUGCGACCAACACGGGCAUCAAGAACGCAGGGAUUGAUGUUCGUAUCAGCGACGUCAGUGCCGCCAUUCAGGAAGCCAUGGAAAGCUACGAGGUCGAGAUUCGUGGCAAAUUGUUUCCCGUCAAGCCCGUGCGAGACCUCUGUGGACAUGACAUCAAGCGGUAUCGCAUCCAUGGCGAGAAGACGAUUCCGUUUGUCAAAAACUCGAACCAAACCAAGAUGGAAGAGGGAGAGGUGUUUGCCAUCGAGACAUUCGGAAGCACAGGACGUGGCGUCACCAGAACUGGCGAUGGCAUCUACGGGUAUGGGCUGAGCUACGAUGCCCCGAGGCAGGUAGCCUUACCCCUCAACUCCGCCAAUCGCCUCUACAAGACCAUCAGGGAGAAUUUUGACACCAUUGUAUUCUGCCGCCGAUACCUCGAUCGCCUCGGCUGCGACCGUUAUCUCGCAGGCCUCAAUUGUCUGGUGUCGAAGGGCAUACUGGAGCCCCAUCAGCCGUUGAUGGAUAUUCCUGGGUCGUACUCUGCCCAGUUCGAGCAUACAAUCCUGCUGCGGGAAUCGCACAAAGAGGUCAUCAGUCGAGGUGACGACUACUAA